AUGGUCGGUCUUGCCUCCUUCGCUGCCUCCUCUGCUGUCUCACACAGUCAUCCCACCUUUGGUGCACUGGUGAUGUCGAGGCCACAAUCCUGCACCGGGCGCUCCACUUGCGCCCUUCGCUCCAACCCUCGUCACCACCUCGCCUUCUGCAAAUGUGGCGGUGGCAAUGACGGUGGUGGUGGUGGUGGUAGUGUUUUGCCCUCAAAGAGGAGAGAAGAGAUGGAGGACGAGGAGGAGGAGGAAGAGGAGGAGCAGCAGCACACCUUUUAG